GUACGGCAUAACGUGAAACUGACGUAAUGUUUGUCUAAUGGUGCUUUAUAAGGCGUCAUUGCAGAGACUGGUGCACAAACUGGUGUUGCAACCUAGAAACUUCAGGCGAUUCCCGAGUGUACGGAAGCAGACCUGGGCAAGCGACAUGAGUAAAGAAAGGAGCGGCCUGGGGAAGGCUCUAAUGGAAGCGUCACGUGCCGGUGGCGUUGACGGCGUCCUGGCUGCAAUGGACAAGUUCGCCAAGGAGCUAGAACGGGCCACGAACGAAGGAGACUCCAAAGAAAUGAGUAAAGAACAGCGCACCCUGCAGUAUGUUCUACAGAACGCGUCACGAGGGGACCCUGACAGCGUCCUGGCUACAAUGGACACAUAUGCCAGGGAGCAAGAAUGGGCCAUGCACGUAGGAGACUCCAAAGGAGGGAUUAUGGACAGUUUUGUGAAGGAGGCGGCGCCUCAGACCAUGCUAGAGCUGGGCACGUACAUGGGGUACUCCGCCGUCAGGACCGCCAGGCUGCUGCCACCAGGAGCCAAGUUCAUCACCCUGGAGUACUUUAAAGAGGUAGCAGCAGUGGCAAAGGAGAUCAUCUCAUUCGCAGGGUUGCAAGACAGGGUUAUCCAGGUUAUAUCAGAGAGUUCUGAAGCCAUCUCCCAAAUGAAGACCAAGUACAACAUAGAGACGUUUGACAUGGUGUUUAUAGACCACUUCGGGGACUUCUAUCUCAGGGAUAUCAAACUUCUUGAGGAGAACAACCUACUACGCAAAGGUACUGUAGUAGUAGCCGAUAACAUUGUCCACCCCGGGGCUCCAGAAUAUGCAGACUACGUGCGGACCUGCGGCAAGUACGACUCCACCUUCCACGAGGGCGAACUGUACGGCGGCAAACCAGACGGACUGGAGAAGUCUGUGUACCUAGGCUAGGGAUAGAACACUGUUUCAUGUCGAACUAAGUUAGAUACACUGUAAUAAGGAGGUGCACAAUUCUAAGUACGCAUGUUGCAGCAAAAUGUAUUGUGGGUAAUAGGUCGAAGGUGAAGGGUCUUGACUAUGCCCACAAUGCAUUCACUGCACAUGCGUACUUUGAAUCAUGGACCUCCUUAUUGGUAAAUAGUCCUUUGACCAGGGUCCAGAAGUUCAGUAGAAGUACUGUGGGUCCAUGAAUUUGAGGGAUGAGCUUUUCUCAAAUAUACAGAAUGAAAGCUUUGUGUAAGAUUUGCAAUGAAAAUGAAAGAGCCAACUCUGUUGCACAAAUAUUAUUCUGUGCAUCGAUAGGAAGUUUAUUGUAAGGUGAUACAGCACCAGGAUUUGUUAUGACUAAUUUUCCAAGUCCAAAAUUACUCUGAAUAAGUCAAGACAUCACAUUUUCUAGCAGUUCAAUGAUGCUUACAUUUCUUUCACCUUAUUCCCGUGUAAGGCUUUUGUCUGAUUUAAAUUUUUUUCUCAUCAUUUUAUGUUCUUAUGUACAACAGAAUAUAAAGGUACAAAUUCACAAAAAAAUCAAGAUACAUUGUACAUGUAUUUGUAGCAUUAAGUUUGUUUCAAUCGCUGAGAAAAAUCUGAAUAAAAGAGAAACAUUUUA